AUGGCCCCACGCGACAUCUUCCUCGUCUCAAUACGACGUACUACGAAUAUACGUGCCCAUUUUGCAAUUUGGGUUCCCUCAGCAAGCGAUCCUGAGAAGGGCAGCUUGAUUGAGGUUGACGGUACACCUAUGGAGGGCUUCAAGCACCAAUUCAGGCGAGGCCAUGCCCCGACUCCAAUCAGCAAGAAGUACACUAUGUGGCCUAUUGGCGCGGUAGACUCUGCACACAUUUACGACUGGCCGCAUGGGUUUACCGCUACUCAUGAAGAUCCCAGGGGAGAUCUAGAGACUACCGCCUGCCAAGUUCCAGCUCCCAGGGCCAGUGAGAAUUUUAUGGCUCCCGUUAAUGAUACCACCAACAAAAGAUGUCAAGAGUGGAUUAUGGAAUACGUGAGGCUCCUGGUUGACAAGGGAUACAUUGAUGCGGAGGCGAUUGAUGUUGUUAAUUCUAAUCGUGGCCCUCCUACCCAUGGUAUUGUUCUACGGCCAGUAGCUUCACGGUCUGGGAAUUGA